AAGCACGCUAUUUAUGUUCACCCAAUUAUAUCGUCUUGGUUUUUUUUUAAUUCUAAGCAAGUAUAUAAGUUUACGGAAUUACCAUCAUUUAGAGUUUAUGUCAUUGAAUUCUACCUCUGAAUUACAAUCAUAAUGUUGACUUUUCUCGACUGGUUGCGUGUUGCGUGUACUCUCCGUGAUUUUCAGUUGAAGUAAAGAAAGCUUGAGAACUGUUCCGACGUCUACUAACAACUGAGCUAAAAUGUAACUAUUGGCAAAUUGCAGUACUUUUCUCGUUAUUUAGCUUCGUAUUAACAUUAUCUGCUGCGAAAUAUCUGAGGUAGUCCGAUCCUAUUAAUGUAUCUGUAAGAAGAUAGGUAAAAGACGAUUCGGUAAAUGGUCCGUGGUGGAGCAAAUCAAAAUAUGGGCUGAUGUGCGGGAAUCUGACCAGAGACCUUGGUUCAAACGACAUUCUUAUUUAUCUAUACUACCUUCAGACCUUCUGUGCAAUUUAUAUGUAUCUUCUUAAAAGAUGUGUCUAUACAGUAUAGUGCUUCUGAUCUGAGCAGACGCACCUGCAAGCGCGCCCACAUAUAUAAUGGCAAGCAACGUACGAUGUAAUAAUAUGAAUAUGCAUGGUUUAUGAACACUUUUCAUUUUGUACACUGUAUGUUUAAGCAUCGACCAGAAUUGUUUGUUUAAUUGAUCCGGCGUUUGUUAGAAGUAACAUUUACAAAGAAAGACCACGGAGGAACUAUACUUACUAUGCACGUACAUUUUUACGCGUUGUAUGAUCGUGCCAGGCGGGUGCACGUGUUCGUGUAUUUUCACUGUGAAGCGUAAGAUCGGAACGUAAAUUGACCGUGUAAAGUAUUUGACUUUUGGUUGUACAACGGUAACCCGUCUUAUUUUCUUGUGCUAUUGCAGUAUCGUGUUCCACCCGGUGAGUUUUUUCUUCUGCUGGGGCGACGGCUUUUUCCACUUCAUUUUGCAAGAUGUCAACGACGACUUGAAUAACAAUGACAGAUAUAGUAACCGAUGCCUGGUCGACAACACAAGGAUUUACGGCACUGAAUUUUACGGAAACAUCUGAACUAUUUACGGAAACUACGACAGUUUACGAUCGUUUCCCGCAACAUGAGAAGACCUGGCAAGUUGUGCUUAUUAUUUUGGCCAGUGUUCUUCUCAGUUUCGUCACCUUUACUGCAAAUGUUAUGGUAUGGAUGUCUUUCUAUAUGGAUAAACAGCUGCAAGUUGUCAAUAAUUAUUUCUUACUAAGUUUAUCUGUGGCCGAUAUGAUCAUCGCCUCCAUUUCCAUGCCACUUUACACCGUUUACAUUGUUAAAUCGUGGACACUUGGUCCUGUUGUGUGCGACAUCUGGCUCUCUAUUGACUACGUCGCGUCCAAUGCGUCUGUAAUGAACCUCGUUGUUAUCUGUUUUGAUAGAUAUUUUUCAAUAACUAAGCCAUUGACAUACAGGGCCAAUAGAACACCAAGAAAGGCAAAAAUCAUGAUCGCAACUGCUUGGAGUGUAUCUGUAAUUAUUUGGGUACCUCUUAUUAUCGGCUGGCCUCGUUGGAACAAGAGAACAGUAGCUGAAAAUGAUUGCUAUAUACAAUUUUUAGAAGAAGGAAAGACAUUAUCAGCAGUGCUGAACUGUGUCACAAUAAGCAUUGCGUUUUAUUUACCAGUUAUACUGAUGUGUUAUAUAUAUUAUAAAAUUUGGCGCGAAACUGAAAAGCGUUCGAAAGAGCUUCGGCAUUUACAGGCUGGAGAGGGCGAUGGUUAUGCUGCUUCAAAACGUCUACUUGUGUCUGAUCCUGACAAGUUUCAGUAUGAAAAUACCAAAAAGUCAUGGAAGAAGCGAUUAAUGUGCUAUUCAGAUGUUGGGGUGGAUGACGAAUUGGAGGAUAGUAGUGACGCUAUGUUACCGCCGCUUCCAAGUACAUCGACGACAAAUACGUCCAGUACAAAGUCGCGAAAUACAAUAAGUCUGUCGCCGAAAUCUUCCCCUAGUCAAAAACAAAAAAACGGUAAUUUAAUUUCUAGUGAAAAUGUAGAGCAUAACUUUGCUGCUUCGCUUUAUACAAUUCUCAUUAAACUUCCAGAUGAAAAUGCCAAAAAUGAGAAUGACAACAAUGUACCGAAGAUAACAAUGGUGGAAUAUACUCCGCGGACAGCGCCGCCUACAAUUCUCCAGGACAAGGACACUGGUCCAAACCUGUUAUCGCCUGUAAAACAGGACUCAUCAAAUAGGCCUUCGUCUGUGUGCGUUGUUCCCCCUAAUACUAAGAGUUGCCCUUCAAACUUGAGCAUACAUGCUAUUACUGCUGUCAAAUCAGCGGCGACGAAAGCCAAAGCAAGUAACGCUGUGAAAAAGAAGAGAACAGUUUUAAUUCGUGAAAAGAAAGCAGCACGUACCCUAAUUGCGAUCUUGUUAGCUUUUGUCAUAACAUGGACUCCUUACAGUGUGUUGGUUAUAGUAAACGCACUAAAACCAGGAGGUGUUAAUGCUAGACUGUAUACAAUCUCAUACUGGGGGUGUUACUUGAAUAGUACAAUCAACCCUAUAUGCUACGCCCUGUGCAAUAUGAACUUCCGACGCGCGUUUAAGCAAAUCUUGACGUGCAAGUUCCGAAAGAAGCAUCAACGCAUGCGCACUAAGCAACUUCAAAUAGGUUCAAAUCAAAAGAUGAAUUCAUCACGAUAAUUUAUUAUUGACUUUGUGUUGUAUGACAUAAUUAUGACAGCUGUUAUUACUUUUACGAUUUAUACCAUUUCUGUGAAUUAGUGAGAUUUGUUGCGGAUUUAAGCGUUCAGUUUGAAACGACUUAAAAUGACAAGACGCAAUUGUACGUGUAAUGUAUAUGAUGCUGCAUGUUUCAAUGCUAUGUUUGUAAUAAUUUUGAAAAGCUAAAAAAACAUUAUGACCAUUGAAAAUACAGUUAAAUAAUAGUUUACACAAAACAAUAAGAUGUACCGUAUUAAAAUAGAUCGGUCGAUCUAAGUCCAUAACCCCAACAAAAUAUACGUUCAUAAUUUAGGUUCACAAGUAUUUUUAUUUUUAACCUUGUUCAUAGUUGUGUGGGAAACAAUACUGUAACAAAAAUGCCUGCCAUCUUAUUCUUAUGAAUUAGUUUAAAUAUAUAUUUUUUCAAAUUUCUCUGCUCACAAUGGCUUAUUUACCACACAUAUUCUGACUCAUGAUAAUCCAACAAGUCCUUACUUUAAAAUCAGUUUUUAAAACGCACCUUCUUCAAUAAUGUCUCUUAUUCUAUUAUUAGGCCUAUUAUAUUAUUAUUAUUAUUAUUAUUAUUAUUAUUAUUAUUAUUAUUAUUAUUAUUAUUAUAUUACUACUACUACUAUUAUUAUUAUUACUAUUAUUAUUAUUAUUACUAUUAUUAUUAUUACUAUUAUUAUUAUUAUUAUUAUUUAUUAUUAUUAUCACGAGGUUUUGUUUGGAGAUAUACUUUUACAUUAAACAUCAAUCAUGUUUUGUAAUAGCGAGACGCAAAUGGAUAAGACACGUUAGGUUAAAAUGACAUUGAAGCCGGAAAUGUUAACCAAAUUUUCUCUACCGUUGUAAGAAAAUUAGGUGGAAGUUGACAUGCCAUAGGCUUAAAACCCCCAUCUCCCAGCACUCAAUUUACGAUGCAAAGUAUUCCAUACAAUUUCAGAAACAGGGUUAUUACAAUUUUUAUAUUAAUCUUACGCGAUACGCGAGAUACAUGUCUGUAUUAUCACACUCAAUGUUUCAGUAUAUAAUUAUUUCGCAUCGUUAUUAUCUAACCAACCACAAUGUUUCCUUGCUAUUACCAUUUUAUUAUCAUUAAUAGGCUAUACAAUAUAAUAUAAUAUAAUGAAUCACUAAUAUUUUGAUAAUUUAUAUUUUGUCUCAAUAUAGACCUCCUACCACCGAGAGAGCGUAUUUUUAACUAACACCUGUAUUAAAUAUUAUAUAUAUAUCUGUUGGAAAUGCUAAAUAUUAAUUUAUGCACACCAUAAGUUGGUUGCUGAAGUAAUUACAUUUUAAGAUAUUGUAAAUACCAGAUGAAAAUUUAAUUAUUUUAAUUUAAAAUUAUUUAUUCAAAUGCUGGGCUGCUGGACAGCCAAACUUAAUGCAUAGCAAAAACUUUCUUUAAUACGUUAAAACUCUAGAAGUGUGCCAAAAAAGUCUCUGAAAUGUUUAGAAAGCGUUUUGCAGCAAGUUGCAAAAUUGUAAAUUUUCUUUAUUAAAGACAUAUUUUUCCAGAGAUGUAAUAUAGAUUUACAUUCGAAAGUUUCUUUUUAUCGUUACGAAAACAAUUGCAAAUACAGUUCGGUUACAUCUUGAGUUUUAAUUUGUUAUGCUGAUUCUCAUUAAUAUUUGCCUUUACGUUUUACGAGGUACAUUAAUCAUUUUGUGAAACUGAUAUCAUUAAAAUACAAGUUUAAGAUUGUGAUUGACGUCACUAAUUAAUUUAUGAGUAUGAUAUAUUAACAUCGAUAAUAAAAUGCUGUAAUUUAUUUGUUAGAUUAACCCCCCGUAAAACAGGAGAUAAGAGUUCGACAAUUUUGUUAAAUGUCCUAUAGGUAAUAUCUGAUUGUUAUUCUCUGUCAGAUUUCAAUCAUAAUUUUAGUUUCGUGUAUCGAAAAAUGUAACCUAUUCGCUAUCGUUUUCGUAAUUUUGCGAAACUUCUCUAACAAUAGCCACCUAAAAUAUGUUAAAUAUUAAGCCCCCUGAAAUUAUGCUAAUGACCUAAUCUUAUAGACAAUUUACAGUACCUCCAUACUUGACGUCGAUAUAGGCCUAUAUUCCAUAAAAUUCCAUUACCAAUACGUCUAAAAUAAAUUGGUAAACCCCAUUCUUAUUGUAGAAAUAUUUUAAAUAUAAAAUGACAAAUAAAGUUGUUGCUGUUCUUCGA